AUGGAGCCUCACUCCUCCGAAGCCGAGUUGCAGCAGCCGGCCGCGAACGGAUGGCUAAGCGGCCAAGAUGACCUCUCCGCAGCACCAACCAAGGAGGAGCCCAUAACUCAGCGCGACCUCGACAAGAUAUGGCGCUGGAACAGCAUAGUCCCGGAGGCGGAGGAGCGCUGCGUCCACGACAUGAUCCAAUACCAAGCCCAGGCUCGGCCCAGCGCACCGGCCGUGUGUGCCUGGGACGGCAACCUCACCUAUCACGAGCUGGACCGCCUGGCUACGGGGCUGGCUGGGCAACUCGUCGAUCUUGGAGUCAAACCCAACAUGCUGGUUCCGCUCUGUUUCGAAAAGUCAAUGUGGACUACCGUCGCAAUGCUCGGCGUGAUGAAGGCGGGAGGGGCGUUUGUGCUCCUGGACCCGUCGCUCCCGGGGCAACGCCUCCAGUGCAUGGUCCGCGAAGCCAAUACGAGUCUGCUUGUGUCAUCAGCCGGGGAGCAUGCUUUGGCCUCGCAGCUGUGCCCAAAGACUUUAGUCGUCGACCACGGCUACUUUCGUGAUGACGUUGAUAGUCAGCCGACUCGGAGUCUUCCUGACUCCGACCCGAAUUCCAUCAUCUAUGUCGUGUUCACGUCGGGGACAACAGGGACCCCGAAAGGGGCUAUAAUCACGCACAAAAGCUCGAGCUCCGGCCUUCGACACCAGAUUGCCGGUCUGGGGUACACGGCUGAAUCGAGGGUUUACGACUUUGCGGCGUAUAGCUUCGACAUUUCGAUCUACAAUGCCCUCACAACGCUCUUGGCUGGAGGAUGUCUAUGCGUCCCCAAAGAGCAGGACCGCAAGUCAACCUUGGCGGGGAGCAUCAACUCGCUGAGGGCUAACACGAUAUCUCUUACACCGUCCGUCGCCCGGCUACUUUCCCCAGCUGAUUUGCUUGACCUAAAGACGAUGAUUUUGGGCGGAGAGGCGAUACAUGUUGGAGACAUUGAGCCAUGGUGGGGUCGCGUGUUCACAGCCUACGGGCCAAGCGAGUGCACUCCAACAAGUAUGAUGAACCUCGGGCCGUCGAGUCCAGAAGAGGCGUGCCGACUGGGACGGGGCGUCGGAGUGGUUACCUGGGUUGUUGACCAGCAUGAUCACAACUCGUUGCUUCCGCCAGGGUGCGUUGGCGAACUGCUGCUCGAGGGUCCCCUCGUCGGCUUGGGCUAUCUCAACGAUCCGAAAAAGACGGCCGCGGCGUUUAUCGACGACCCUACCUGGCUGCUACGAGGCUCGUCUGGCCAGUCGGGCCGGCGGGGACGACUAUACAAGACGGGCGACCUGGUCAAGUACGCUGAAGACGGCAGUUUGGUCUUUGUCGGCCGCAACGACUCGCAAGUCAAGAUCCGCGGCCAGCGAGUCGAGCUCGGCGAGGUUGAACGCGCGGUCCAGGACUGCGUGUCGGUGGCGAGCCAGGUCGUGGCUGAGGCUUUGGUGCCGGCGAAGGACGGCUCGAGCACAUCUUUGGCAGCCUUUAUACGCAUGGAUGGCUUGGCCAUGGCCGAAUCUGGCCUGAGCAUGCUGUCCAUCAACAAGGACUCGCAGAAGAAGCUGGAAGAGCUCCUGCCGAGCUACAUGGUGCCAACGGUGUUCUUCUCCAUCAGGGAGUUUCCCAUGACGCCGACGGGCAAGACGGACCGGAGGCGGCUACGCGAGAUGGGCGAGUCCUUUUCCGAGACGAUGACAGAGAAGCCAUUAGAGGAGUCAACAGAAGUUGACGCGCCGAUCUUGGAAAGCGAACAACCGGCUUUUACUUUGGCACAAAAAGUGGCUGCGAUGCUGCCGCCGUGGCGCCAGCGUGACAUGACAGCAAACGGAGGUUCAGGCUACGAGGACAUUUGCCUGUUUCCAUCUGGUCUCGACUCGAUCAACAUGAUGGCGCUGGUGUAUUUCAUCGCACAGCAGUUCCAGGUGGAGAUUGACCUGGAGGUCCUGAUGGACCCGAGCACGAGCAUUCGGGGGUUGGCUGGGCUCGUGACGGACUCGCAAGCGGCUUCAUAG